UACGAAGAGUAACCGUCAGUAAGGAAAGUAGGAGUGUAAAAAUAGUCCGCGGUCAAGGUGGGCUCAAUCCGUUUAGGCCCGGUUAGGCCCGGCCCAAGCUACACCUAACAGGCCAACCUUCUGAGUUGGACUAUAAGAGACUUCAUAAAUAAAACAAAAGAGACGGCAACCCAUAUCAAUCUCUCCAUUUACUUCAAGCUAAAUGGCCAUGGCUUCCCAAACUCAAAAGCUUCACUUCAUUUUGUUCCCUUUAAUGGCCCAUGGCCACAUGAUCCCCAUGAUAGACAUAGCCAGAUUACUGGCACAACAAGGUGUUAUUGUCACCAUAGUCACCACACCACUCAACGCUAAUCGGUUCACAACAGUCAUUGCUCGAGCACAACAAUCUGGACUCCAAAUCAAAUUUCUCCAACUCAGAUUCCCAUGUCUCGAAGCUGGACUGCCUGAAGGGUGUGAGAACCUCGACAAGGUCCCUUCGCCUGACAUGGCUCAGAAGUUCUAUGCUGCAACCAGUAUGUUACAACCACCAUUGGAACAACUGUUUGGUGAGUUAAAACCAAACCCAAAUUGCAUAAUCUCUGAUCAGUUUUUGCCAUGGACAAGUGAUGUUGCUCAGAAAUUUCAUAUUCCUAGGCUUGUUUUCCAUGGAACCUGUUGUUUUUCUCUGUUUUUGUCACAUAAUAUACGGACCCACAUGGUGUUUGAUGAAUAUAAAGCGUUGGAGGAGUCAGAGUACUUUGUUGUGCCCGGCUUGCCUGACCGAAUCGAGCUAACCAAAGCCCAGCUUCCGGCUUCUGCCAAUCCGAGCAUAUGGGGUUUGAAUAACAUUCGUGAAAAGAUAAGGGAGGCGGAGAAAUCAAGGUAUGGGACUGUGGCUAAUACUUUUGAGGAGUUGGAGUCAGGCUAUGUGAAAGAAUACCAAAAGGCCACAGGAAAUAAAGUUUGGUGCAUUGGACCUGUUUCGCUAUGCAACAAAGACAAGUUAGAUAAGGCCGAGAGAGGUAACGAGUCUGCGAUUGAUGCACACCAUUGCUUGAAUUGGCUUGACUCACAACAACCAAGAACUGUAGUCUAUGUUUGCCUCGGAAGCCUCUCUCGCCAAGCGCUUUCGCAGAUGAUAGAGAUUGGGUUGGGGCUAGAAGCAUCAAACGAGGCAUUCAUUUGGGUCAUAAGGGAUAAAGUAGAGGAAUUGGAGAAAUGGAAUUUGGAAGACGGGUUCGAAGAGAGGACCAAAGAUAGAGGCCUUUUGAUCCGCGGUUGGGCACCGCAAGUACUGAUAUUGUCACACUGGGCAAUUGGGGGUUUUGUUACGCAUUGUGGGUGGAACUCGACACUAGAAGCGAUAUGUGCAGGCGUGCCAAUGACCACAUGGCCUAUGUUUGGAGAGCAAUUUUGCAAUGAGAAGUUAAUUGUGCAGGUUUUGAGGAUUGGAGUGAGUGUUGGUGUGGACGUUCCUACAAGAUGGGGAGAGGAGGAGAAAGUAGGGGUGUUGGUGCAUAAGGAUAAUGUUGUGAAGGCCAUAGGCAAGUUGAUGGAUGGAGGAGAGGAAGGAGAGGAGAGAAGAAAAAGAGCUAGACAGCUUGGGGAAAUGGCAAAGAGGGCAAUGGAAGAAGGAGGUUCUUCUCACCUCAACAUGGCAAUGCUAAUUCAGGAUAUCAUGGAAAAUGCAACUUCUAGGCAAUGAGAGAGAGAGAGAGAGUACUAUUGUUGCACCAAGGAUCCUCUAGGGUGUUUUUUUCCUAAAGUUUUCUAAAGUGGUGUAUUGUGUGGUUGAGAUUUAAUGUUAAAAAAUGGAUGUGACUUGUCAUUAAAUCUCAACCACACAAUGCAUCACUCUAAGAAACUUUAGGAAAAAAAAAUUUUAAAUUAUCCUUGCUCAUGUCAAAGUUAUAGUUCAUUGCUAUGGAAUUUGCUAAAUAAAAUUUAUCAUUCAUGUCAUAUUAAAACUUA